UUUCAACUAGACGUCCUGAGAAAGCAACUACCCGUACAUCCCCAGUUACACCCAAUCGUGCACCUCGUCCGAUUUGCUGUUUACGGGUCAUGGAUGAUGUUUUGUGGUCCUCUUCCGCAAAUUAGUUGUAGCAGAGCUAGCGUCUUUUUUGGGCGACAAGAAAGCUACAGCAAUCAGCUUCGUGCUGUUUGUACGAGGAAGUACUUAUUGAAAACAAAUACUCGGCUAGUAAUCUUGCUUUGGAUUGUUCGACUGCGCUUCUUUUUGAUACCCAAGAAAGGCAGGACCACGCUUUUUGAUUUUGAACAACCUCGCCUUUUCCAAAAAGAUAAAGAGAUGUCUUAAUACCUGCAUGAUCAUCAACAACUUCCAUCCAUUCUCGACUGCUAAGAACAGCUUGAGCAGCGGAAACAGUGAUUGUAGGAUUCGGUUGAUGUCCUAAGAAGUAGGAGAACUUCUUGAUCUUCGACAAAGCAGGCCUAGUCGUUGUAGAACGAACCAAGGGUCGUUGAUCGCGUCCGUUGCACCUUCCGUCGAGUAGAAACACAGGCGACACGACCGGAACUGCAGUAGCUCGCUCGUCAACAUCUUCACAGACGUGGCCGCCGGUGGCCCCCGAGGACGUCGUGAAGAAGAUGGCGGAGGACAAAAUAUCAUCUUCCAAAGAAGCUCCUGCUUCCGACGCGGCGUCGGCGGACGAAGUAGCGGACAUCAAGAAAGUAGAGGACGACAAAUGCCCCUGUAAAAAGGCCAAGAAGAAGUGUACUUGUGGCGUUCCGAAAAGACCUGUCGGACGGCCACCAGGAGCACAAGAAUCUACUUCGGGAAAAACCGCUGCUGCAGGAGCUGCGCCGGCAUCUUCAAAGGCGUCGUCUUGUUCAUCUUCCCUGGUCGCUGGUCCCCCGACAGCUGCACAGGAGUUCUUGAAGAACAAUCCUUCAGACAAGCCCUCAAAUAAACCCUCUUCCGAUGAGGAGGCUGUCGUCGUACUAGACAACCGCUGCGCGUGCAAGCGGGCGAAGCGAAAGUGUACGUGCGACCCGGACGACGAAAACUACAAAAUCGCCAACGAGAAGACCAACUACGUCCGGGUGCUCCCUUUUCUGGAGAAAACCUGCACGGAGGGGACACUGAAGUUCCCGAUCCUGCCCGACCCCGUCGAGACGCGGCCGGGCCACGACGAAUACGAGGACCUGUUUCACCAGUUGCACUGGAGCGGGCUCGUCGACGGCUCGGACCCGGUGGGCAGACAAGAGCUGCAGAAGCAGGGAGUAUUCGACGUGAGAGAGAAAAACGGGGAGCCGCGAUUCAAAAUGUUUACCACGGGAGGUGACGAUGAUACCAAUACGACCAGUCCUGGCCGGAUUCCGUCGCUCGGACAGCCGUUUCUGGACGCCGGGGCGGUGCUGGUGGGCUACAGUUCCGCGGUCUGGAAGGAGAUGCAGCACUUCUUCGCCGAGGUCGACACCGGGUCCAAGAGGGUCAACAAGUUGGCGCAAAAAAAACAGGUGCAGGAUAAAGAGCAAGAUCGCGAAGUAGACGUGGUCCUCGAGGAAGAAGAUGACGACAUGGCGCCGGUGGAAGAGUUGCAGCGCGAAGAAGAGGAAAUGAACAACAAGAAUAAAGAAAAUACUACCGCUGCGGUGUCCGACAAAGACAUCAAAAAGAGCAGUAGCUUCUCAACAGCAAAUGCAAAAUGCGCAGAUUUAAAAGGCAAAGAAGCCUCGCAAAAGUACAACUGGACUGACUCGGCGUUCCGGCACGAGGCGCUGACGCAGUGGAUGAAUGUGAAGGAGUACCACUGCGCCGCCGUCUGGUACGACACGGACACACUGCAGUUGAAGAGCGCGUUCCUGUAUGCAUCGUAAAUUUUCUGUACAUGUACAAAAUGCAUGACAAAUUUCGCUACCUUGCAGAGGCCAACUUGUCAUGCUGAACUAGCAUCGGGCAAGUUUUGUCAUGCAGAAACCGCAUUUGUACGUGUACAGGAAAUUUACUGUGGAUAUCCUGCCUGAGGGGUACACGGCGGCCAACCCGGUGGCGGAGCAGUUUGCCAAGGGUGGCAGUUAUGAGAGUGCACAACACCCCCUCCCCCUCAUUUGUCAUGCAAAACUCCAAAUCCACGCGCUUCCCUGUGGCACGGGUGUCCACUACAUGAUGAUGAUGAUGGCACUGUUUGCAUGACAGAUUCCGGAAGCCCAAACAGUACUACUCGACUAUGCGCGUGGAUUUGUUAUGCACAGGCUUCAUGUGUGCUGGUGUUUGUAUUGCUGUUCAUGCAAUUAUACAUAUGAGGGGGGCGGGGGGUUGUGCACUCUCAUCGAAGUGACGCGGUGUACACGAAGGCCGGUAGUUCUGUAGGUGGUGCAACUACAUCAACCGACGGAACAGAGGUCAACAUGAAGUCGCGCCGCGUGGACAGUGUGCAGGCGCUGGGAAAAAGCACGGCGCUUGGGUGGCGGGGCGGGAAGGCCGGGUUCGGCACCAUGUCCAUGUUCGGAUGCCACGUCCCGCCGAGUUACAGCAAGGACGAGCCGCAGAAGUGUGUGAACCGGUACGGGAACUUCCUUUCCGGUGCGAAGAAGCGGGACUUUGGCAUGGAGGAAGUUGUGGACGACUUUGCGGCGGACUUCGCGGAGCGGGAGGCGCGCGCGGUGCCUGCCGGCGCGGCGUCGCGGUUGUGCAUCAUGAAAAGCCUGGACCCGCAGAGCGAAUUUUGCCUCCUGCCGAAGAGUUUUCCAGACGAUUUUUUGGCGGAAGUGAACAAGAAGUCGGGAGCUGCUCUUGGCUGCAACGGGGAGGACGAGGAGAACCCCGUUGUUCUCGGCGACAAGAAUAAGAAUACCAUAGAAGGAGCAGCUGCUCCUGCAAGUAGUAGCUCAACAUCGGCACAACAACUCGGGUCCCCCAGCGGAGAAGUUCUUGUUCUUGAAGUUGGUCAUCUUGCAGGAGCCGUGGCGCAUGGAAAGAACGUCGACCCGCAACAACCGGCUGCUGCGCCACAAGAACCAGAUGCCGACAUGAUGGAGAUUGUGAGCCCAGUAACAGUGUCAUCUUCUACUGAGGAAGGCAACAAGAUGAUCUUGAACAACAGCGAUAAAACCAAGAACAGUAACACCAAUUUCGUUCAGCUUCGCGACUCAGCCUCGAGUUCAUCUUCGAGCAGCUUCUCGUCCACCGCGGUUCUUAAUAAAAAUGCGGUAGCUUCUGGUGCACCAUUUGCAUUUCCACCCGCACCCGGCGCGGUCCAACACGACGUCGACCAGGAUCAACAUUUUCUUCACGAGCAGCUCCGUGGACACGACCGCUACAACGGGUACCACAUUACGUCCAAAAGUUCGAACUACGUGGUCAUGGUGCACAGCGAUUCUUCCGCGGACGGCAGUCUGGAGACCAUCUACUUCUACCGCCCCCACUGGGAAAAGCAGGGCAAGAUGAACGUCGAAAAGUUCACUGCGGGGCACAGUUGGAUGUUCUUCGCAGGGGGUAUCAUGCAACUCCCCAUGAAAAGCGGCAGCGGUUCGCUCGUGUGGGUGCACUGCACGAACCCGGACCCGCUGUAUCACGGCACGUUACCCACCUUCACGAAGCAGGCCCCGAAGCAGGAGAAUGUGAAGCACAACGGGAUGGGGUGCGCGUUUCUGUUGCAGGAAAACGUCGUGCGGGUUUUGCGGGGAGAUAGGAACACGCAGAACAUCAAGAUGGCAGCGGCGCAGCCGAACACGCUGGACGUCUUCAAUGGGACCAAGUUUGGAGGUUCUUCUUCCAGUGGUCUGCAAAAGAAGAGGGAAAAGGCGAGGAAACUUGCGUUGCAGAAAAGCAAAAGCAAGAUGAAGAAAAAGAACGAGCAGGACAAAAAUGCGCAGAAGCCUUUUGACAAGAAAAAUAGCACAACUUCUUUCAGCAACAAGCAGCAAGGGAACAAACUGACGAAAUCUCAUUUGAAAUCCCUCCUCAAGAGCGACAACGACGUUGUAAUUCUGAAGCGGUCCGACUGUACAGCUAAGGGGAACAAUAAACAUAAAAAAGAACAACCGAAGAUCGACUACGAGAAAACGAAACAGUGGCUGGAACCCUUCCGCCAGACCACCAAAGGGAAAGUGGCCAAGAAGUUAACGCAUUUCCGCGACUGGAACAAGUUCCAGGGGUGUGUGCGGCAGGCGAAAGUGUUGUUUGAGCAGUACACCAGUGUGCACUCGGUUUUGAUCAACCGAAAAACCGGGGAGGUGCGGCAUGCGGAUGCAGACGAUCUGGCGGAAAAUUUUUCAUGUUCCGAUGAGGAAGGUGGCGAGAUGAACAAGAGCGCAGACGCGGUCUUCGAGAAAUUGCAGCAGAAGGAAUUGCUGCUGCGCGGCCCUGGCGGCUUCGGGGAUCAUGAUAAAGCACAUCAGAAGAAUCGUCUAAAGAAAGCUGCUUCUAACAAACGACCCGCAGAAGUAGACGUUGAUGAAGAACAAGAACUCGGAACAAGCGACAAUGAGAACGAUAACGGCAAGAGGGACCACCACGGAAAGAAAGCGAAGGGCAAUACGAGUACAACUACAUCCUCAGCUGUCGAAAAGAAAAAGAAGAAGAAAAAGAAAAGGAAGAAAAGCAAAAAGUCUUCGCGCCGAGAGCAUGAAGAUCUUCUCGCAGGGGCCGAGCCCGGUGACAGUGUCGUGCCGCCGCAUGUGAUAUUAGGUAGCAGUACCUCGGAGAAAGGAGAAAUGAAUGAGUAUGGUUUAUUUUUUCCCGCGGGAAAACUACACGGAGACUGCCUGUACGACGCCGAUGCGGACUUGCAUUUCCGAGACGGUCGUUUGAUGCCAGUGACAGUAUCAAACUGCGCAAUUCCAGCCUCGACCGCAAACGAAAUGGUCGUGGAUUUUGACCAAAGCAAGUUCCUGCUCCCACCUCUCGUAUCCGAUAAUUGUUCCAACAACAACGGCAAGACAGGUGAGAAAGAAGAUCAAGAGAUGAAAGGUUGCGACGUGGGUGGCGAUGACGAGAACAAGCUGCUUACGAGUGUUCCGAUGAACAUGAUGGCGCGAGACCGAGCGGGACGGGAAGAUCGUACAGGUCAACACGAGAGUCCAUUGCCCGCGGUUGUCCAAAAGAGCAAGAAGAGCGGCACUGCCGCGGCACCGAAAGAACAACAGUUUUCCAGCCCGAUCCAGGACGCCGAGAGCAAAUCUUCUCCUCCGUCCUCGGAAAGCAGCGUGCUGUCGCCCACGGACGACUCCGAUCUGUCUAAGGACCCUGAAAUAGACAAGGCGGAUGGCGACGAAGAAGUGGUCGAAAAGGUCUUGGCCCGAUUCCAUUCCGCUGGCUGCCAGUGCUCGGACUGCGCAAAAGAAGCGGCUUUGAUGUAGUUGUAAACCUUUCUAACUACAACUUUUCAUCUCCUCGUCUGUCCUUUGUUUCCGGAAAAAGCAAUCACGCGGGAUCUCAUUCUCUAGUACACUAUUGCUAUUGCAUACUGUAAUAAAAAUGUCGUCCGCUUCCUCAAAAGAAUCCUCUCCAUUUCUACUAUCGUGCUGUUUCUUACUGCUUUCCGCAGCGUCACGAAACGACGAUAAGAACGCAAGUUUUUCAUUGUGAUUUUGAUUUUCCCAUUUCAUCUGUUUCUUGUGUCCCCCGGGUGGGUACAGCGAUGCAGACAUGCUAUUCAUUCUGUGGCCAGCAGUCUCUUGAUGAAGAUGUUGCUACCAGAAUUUGAUCCUUUUUUUUGAAGAGCUAUUUUUUCGGCAAUCCCGCCGGCAGCUGGAAUUGGAUGUUGUAACUUUUUUUUCGACCGUUUGUAUUUUGUAAGGAAAACAAAACAAGGCGCUCCUCCUUGAAAAAGUACAUGAGGGCUUCUCCUGUCCGAACCUCUGCCACGGGGCAUUGAAAAACCCAUCGCGCGGGUCUCGUGGAAACAAGUAUUGUUCGAAAAGCUGUCGACUCGUUUCUAC